GGCCUUUGUGAGACACUAUGACAUGGUUAGAAGAAGACUCCAGGCCACACGGGGCGCUGUGGUGUUGUGACUAUCCAUUAGCCUCCUACAGGGAAAACAAAUCUCUGUUCACACUGUCGGAGUUACAAUCCCAGCACAGCUUCUCUUAAAGGCUUGACACCCCUACUGAACAUUCUCUGAUCAGCCGGAACGGGCCAGAGUUAGGCUGAUAUUUGUAAAUGAAAUCUGUUUUUUUUUUGUUUUUUUUUAAACAACAAGAAGCACUCGCCUGCAAACUGUCAGAGACCGCUUUGAUUACCGAACAACACGAUCUGUUUGUCUGAUUGUUGAAGAAUCAUUAUUAUUAUCAUCUUAUUUUUAGCAGCUGACUGGAGGACCAAACAAAGAAGCUUCAUAAAGACAUGAAGAAGAGCACUGAAGCUGACCUAGCCAUGUCCAAAGCUGCUGUGAAGAUCUCGGUGGACCUGCUGAGUAACCCUCUGUGUGAGCAGGACCAGGCUUUCCUGGACUCCAUGACGGCCCUGGACACAGCCAUGCGCCGCAUGGAUGCUUUCAACCAGGAGAAGGUGAACCAGAUCCAGAAGACUGUGAUCGACCCGCUGAAAAAGUACAGCAGCGUGUUCCCCAGCCUGAACAUGGCGGUAAAGCGUCGUGAGCAGGCCAUGCAGGACUACAAGAGGCUGCAGUCCAAGGUGGAGAAGUAUGAGGAGAAGGAGAAGACCGGGCCCAUGGUGGUUAAACUACACCAGGCCAGGGAGGAGCUGAGGCCUGUCAAAGACGACUUUGAGGCCAAGAACAAGCAACUGCUGGAAGAGAUGCCCAAGUUCUACAGCAGCCGUAUCGACUACUUCCAGCCGAGCUUCGAGGCGCUCAUCCGGGCCCAGGUGGUCUAUUUCACCGAGAUGCACAAGAUUUUCAGCGAGCUGACUGAGCAGAUCGACCAGGCGCGGCUGACGGACCCGGAGCGCGAGCGGGAGAAUGAGGCCCGGCUUAACGAACUGAGGGCCCUGUCCAUUGUCGCUGACGACUGAGGACGGUCUCCCUCUCUGCCCCUUUGCAAACCUUGCCUCCCCAUUAGAAUGCCCUUAAAUCACAAAAACAAGUCCCAUGUUUUUAAACUCUAGCUACAUCUAAAACACAUCGGCAUCGAGCUGUCACUCCCAAGGACUGCAUUGUUUUUAGGGGUCAUGCAUUAUUUCAUGAGCAAUAUCGCUGCCGCCACUCAUGGCAUAUUAGUAUGUUUUUGAGGAUGGGCAAAAAAGCUAGCAUGACCUUUUGAUUAAUUACUUUGUUUAAUGACCAGCAUUUUAAAGCUAUUAAAAUUUUCUUCAUGAAUGUUAUUUUUACAGCCAGGUGAUUGACGGUUAAACGUGAUCUGAAAACCUUAAGUGCCAUGCGAGAUGCUUAAAUACCAAUAUUUAUCGGCUGCUUGCGGUCUGGCCUUUGCCCCCAAACAUCCUCAUAAAGGAUCCUGAGUGACUCCGCUUGUGUGGGACGAGGAUCCCCGAUUUCUCACCGCGGGGUCUUGGUUCUCCCACGCCUGAUAUUCAGGUGCCCUAAUAAUUGCAUGUGUUGGAGUGCAGUAGCAUAGCCCCCCCCCCCCCACAAAUUGUUUGAGCAGAAAAGCGCACAAAGUCUGUAAGACGGCCGCUCGGGGGUGAGAGCCCGGUCAGCAUCCCAGCUGUGGUCUGCGUUCAUGUUCUUCAUGAAGGAUGGCGGUUCUGGUGCACAAAAAGAACGUCAACUUCCCUAGCAAACCUGUAGCUCCAUCGCCCUCUAGUGGCACAUGUUUUGUUUCAGUCAAUUGUCUAAACUCUUUCCUUCAGUUAUUUUUAUAUAUAUAUAUAUAUAAAUAAAUUAGCCUGCGCUCUGAUUAUUUGUCAGUGGCCUGUUACAGUUAAGUUUGUCCCACAACUGAUAGGGGCCAGAGAUUGUGUUUUGGGGUUAGUUUAGUCUUGUGUGUGCCUUCCCAACUUUAAUCAUGUAGCCAUGAUUGUAAUUAAGAAAGUUCCAUAUGUUAAUGCAAGUGCAGGAUUUUAUUCUCUUUUUUUAAAUUUAUGUUAAUGAAUUAAUUCAAGUUGAUGUUAAUAUGUCAUUUUUAAAUUAGGGUGAUAUGGGUCAUCAUAACUGUAAAAACUGUGCCUUACUGUGCGAAUCUCAGGCUUUGGCUUUUUUCGUUUGUAACAAACACUACAGCCCUAUUCAUGACUAUGGCCACGUAUUAAAAUCAGCAUUAGGGCUCACAGCAUUAACUUUAACCGUCGGUUUGCUGCAUUUCCUGAAAUGUUAACUGAAAAGCAAACCCUUGCCUUGUGGCAUUUCUCCUGCGUAGGUUUUUACUGUUAAGCAAAGGUCCCGGUUAACAGCAACAUGACAUGCCGGCAUCUUUAUGCCAAACCCGUCGCAUCUGUUUAUUUGCCUACAGAAGUACCUUAUAUAUCGAAGCCUGUGAUUUACCAGUUUCCCAUGAACCUGUUUCAUGAUGCUGUCCUGUUUAUUUAUAAAGUAUGACACUGUUCUAGGAAAUCAGCCUGUAGGACUUUUUUUUUUUUUUUUUUUUUUAAUUAAUGCAAUGUGUGAAUAAAUAGCAAGAAAUGUUUUUCUUCUUGGAA